CAACAAGGACAUCUCACUCACCCACCCUCCUAUUAUUUCGGCCCUAGCAUCAAGUAGGGAGGAAAGGAGUCUCAAAAACAUCAUCUCCACCAGCUCUACUCGAGCUAAGAACAAGGGGAAAGAAGGAAGCAAGAAGAGAGGAGGCUGCCAACCAGUUCGUACAAUUUCAACCCUCGAGAUUGUUCACUUCAUAUCUCACGCAUCUCUUAUCCAAUAAGCUCGAGUAAGGUGUCAUUAGAUAGGUCUUGAAGAGAGCUUUCAUACGAGGUGCUGCACUUAAGGAUACGAGGUGUUUACAGCUCAAAAAGGGAAGAUAAACACACGAGGUCUUUUACCAAGAUAUUAUAGACUUCUCGAGGAAUCUAGGAGUGGCCGGAAAAGUCGCCGGAGCCGCCGGAGUUUUCGCCGGAAAAUUCAAAAGUCGCCGGAGUUCGAACAAAGAAGAUAAAAGCUUGCUAGCGUCAUUUCAAGGUUGAAGCUAGAGCUUACUUCCUGCACCCGUUGCUCGGGAGAUCGAUGGAGAGAAGACGUGGAAUGGGUGGUAGUGAUAGGGCGGUUCGAGGAAAUCCGAGAGGGCGCGGACCGGGGAUAGCCGGGCAAGCCAAUCGGGGGAUAUCAAGGUCGCGUAAAAGGCGAGGUAUGGGCAACCAAGGCCCACAAACACGAGCUGCGAUGGCUGAUCACAAUGUGACUGAAUUCGAGUCGUGGAACUCGGAGGAUGACUCAACUUAUCAGCCUGAAAGUGAGUCUGAAGAAACUUCUUUUGAAGGAAACGAUGGAGAGGAUAUGCACAGAAUUCCUCCUGAUCAGAUUAGUGAGAUGUACCGAUGGUACCAGCGGGAAAGGGAAAGGCAACGACAGAGAUCCCAGGUGGGACAUGUCAGAGACGACACCUCUCGCAGGAGGGGUCGGGGUGCUCAUAGAGUACAGGUUAAGACAAUUAGAGAUUCUGAUGGUGAAGGACCAUUCAUUAAGAUCUCAAAGUACCUCAAAGAGGCUAGGGCCUUGGGGUGCAAACCGUUUGAUGGGACGGGGGACAUAUCGGAAGCAGCCGAGUGGAUAAAAAGGUUAAAUGAUGCAGCUGAUGACAUGCAGGUGGUCCCUGAACGAAAGUUAAGGGUAGCCACUAGAUUAUUGGAGGGUUUAGCUUCUACUUGGUGGGAGGGCACCAAGGGUAAGUUUGACGGGGUUGUCACGUGGGACAACUUCGAGCAAGCAUUUUAUGAGCAGUUUUACACCUCUUUCGAAGUAAAUCGAAAGAGGAGGGAAUAUAUCGAUCUCAAACAGGGAAAUGAGUUUACGGUGAAGCAACUGGAACAAAGAUUCCGACAUCUGGCAAGGUUCUUGCCUGAGUAUGCCGCAAAUGAGAACCGAAUGGCAAACCAUUUUUGGAAUGCACUCAAUUUGGAAAUACGCGAAAGAGCGACCUACCAAUUCAACAUGACUUUUAGUCAAGUAGUGGCCCAAGGUCUUCAGGGGGAGGAGCUUUGGAAGGAAAGGCAAGAAAGGGAUGCAAAGGAAGCACAAGAAAGAGAUCAAGUGAUGAUUCACCCUCCACGACGAGAGGGAAAAUAUGAACUUCAGAGCAAGGGGGACUCUAACAAGUUAGUUCCGUUUUUCAGUGAGAGUCAAAACUUGGUAAGUCAAAGCUCAAGCACUCGGGGCACGGGGGCACCCAAAUGUGAGAAUUGUAGGCGAAGGCACUACGGGAGAUGUCGAGAGCCAUCUAGAUGUUACUUUUGUGGAGAAACAGGCCACAUCAAGGUUCUUUGUCCUCAACGUACGCGUGAAGGAACAUCAGGAGCUAGAGAAGGGGUCACGGGGGUUGAAAACCCAACUAGGGUUGCCUCAAACAUGGUACCUUCUAAAAGUCAAUGGCGAACUCGCUCGUAAAGGCCGAGAAUGGCGGAAGCCAUUUGUUAGGCCCGACCAUGGCAUAAGCAUCAAGUAGGGAGGAAAGGAGUCUCAAAAACAUCAUCUCCACCAGCUCUACUCGAGCUAAGAACAAGGGGAAAGAAGGAAGCAAGAAGAGAGGAGGCUGCCAACCAGUUCGUACAAUUUCAACCCUCGAGAUUGUUCACUUCAUAUCUCACGCAUCUCUUAUCCAAUAAGCUCGAGUAAGGUGUCAUUAGAUAGGUCUUGAAGAGAGCUUUCAUACGAGGUGCUGCACUUAAGGAUACGAGGUGUUUACAGCUCAAAAAGGGAAGAUAAACACACGAGGUCUUUUACCAAGAUAUUAUAGACUUCUCGAGGAAUCUAGGAGUGGACGGAAAAGUCGCCGGAGCCGCCGGAGUUUUCGCCGGAAAAUUCAAAAGUCGCCGGAGUUCGAACAAAGAAGAUAAAAGCUUGCUAGCGUCAUUUCAAGGUUGAAGCUAGAGCUUACUUCCUGCACCCGUUGCUCGGGAGAUCGAUGGAGAGAAGACGUGGUUCGUGCUUCCUCCGGUUCUAUUUCUAAAUAAUUAAAUAAUGCUCAUGGAACUAUUUUGACUUAUAAAUUAAUGGAGCCUGCGAGCUCUUGUUUUACCCUUGUGUGGGUUCUUAUUAAACACUUAUAUUCCGCUAUGUGUUUGAUUGUAUGUUGAUGUUGUUAUGUAUGUUUACUAAUCGGUUUUGGCAUAUGUAUCUAUCGGACGUCUUGUGCAAUUCGGUAAGGAUGAACUGCGGUUAUUCUUAUUGGAUUGUACGACGGUUGUCCACGUGGCACAGACGCGGUCUGGGGCGUGACAAAAUGUCUCUUAUAAAUAGAACCCAGCUCCAUUGUAUUCACAGGCCACUCAUUCGAAUGAUACUCUAAUUUUCACUCUAUUUUGCUUACUUGGCAUCUUUCUUGUUGUUCUUGUCAUUUUCCUUACCGUUCUUGUAUGAAAC